GGCGCAUGGCAGCCUUAAGUGUCAGCAGCUCUGAGCGGGGAGCAGAGGGCACAGACAUGGCCGCCAAGCGCUUCGUGCUCUUCGACUUGGGCGGGGUGCUGCUCACCCCCGGCCCGCAGGCCGCCUUCCAGAAGCUGGAGAAGACCCUCAAACUACCGGGAGGAUUCCUGUCGAAUGUGUUUGUAAAGAGCGGCUCAGAUGGACCGUUCGCCCAGGCGGAGAGGGGACAGAUCCCAUUCUCUCAGUUUGUUACAGAAAUCAACAAGGAAUGUAAGGUGUUUGCUGAAGAAUCUGGGGUCACCCUUCCCGAGACCUUCUCUGUGGAAUCGGCCUUCCACAGCAUGUUUGAGACUGGUGCAGUCAACAAGCCGUUACUGAACGCCGCCACAUUGCUGAGAAGCCACGGAUUUAAAACCUGCGUGCUCACCAACAACUGGGUGGAUGACAGCCCGAACCGGCAGAGUACCGCUGAAAUGUUCACUUUUUUGAAGCACCACUUUGACCUGGUCAUUGAAUCCUGCCGCAUCGGAAUGAGGAAACCAGAGACCCGGAUAUAUGAGUACGCCCUGAAGGUGCUGAAAGCCGAGCCUCAAGAGACCAUUUUCCUUGAUGACAUUGGUGCCAACCUGAAACCCGCUCGUGAUAUGGGAAUAUCUACAGUGUUGGUCAGAGACACAGAGAAAGCUUUAAAGGAACUGCAGGACUUGUCUGGUGUGAAGCUACUGGAUGAAGACGAUGUCCUGCCUCCUGCUGCAGACCCUGAUGCCGUCCCCCAUGGAUACGUUACAAUUAAGCCCGGCAUGAAGCUGCAUUAUGUUGAGAUGGGAAACGGGCCGGCUAUCUGCCUCUGUCAUGGCUUUCCAGAAAGCUGGUAUUCGUGGAGGUACCAGUUACCGGCCUUGGCUGCUGCUGGUUACAGAGUUAUAGCACUGGACAUGAAAGGUUAUGGGCAAUCAUCCUCUCCACCUGAGAUAGAAGAAUAUUCCCAGCAACAACUCUGCCAGGACAUGGUUUCUUUCUUGGAUGAGCUGGGUAUUUCACAGGCAACAUUCAUCGGACAUGACUGGGGUGGUGCUUUCGUUUGGAACAUGGCGCUCUUCUAUCCAGAAAGAGUCAAAGCAGUUGCAUCACUUAAUACCCCAUUCUUCGCUGUUAGACCAGAAAUGAAAGCCAGUGAGGGAAUAAAACAGAACCCGAUCUUUGAUUACCAGAUUUAUUUCCAGGAGCCGGGUGUCGCUGAAGCAGAACUAGAGAAAAAUGUGGAAAGAACACUAAAAAUAUUUUUCCGUGGUCCAGGUGAAAAGGACAAACUUCCAGCUUUCGUUAGUACUGGCGGAGUAUGUAAGAGAGGUGGUCUGUUUGUCGGCCUGCCGGAAGAAAUCCCUCAAAGCAAAAUACUUAGUAAAGCUGAGCUGGAGUUUUACGCCUCGCAGUUUAAGAAGACUGGUUUCCGGGGUCCAUUAAACUGGUACAGAAACAUGGAUCGGAGCUGGGAGUGGGCAGUCAAGGCUCACAACUGGAAGAUAUUAGUUCCAGCUUUGAUGGUGACGGCAGAGAAGGAUCUAGUGUUGCUUCCAGUGAUGACCACCGGCAUGGAGCAGAGGAUUCCAAAUCUGACAAGAGGACAUAUUGAAAACUGUGGACACUGGACUCAGAUGGAGAAACCGACUGCCUUGAAUGCAAUCCUCAUUAAAUGGCUGGGAGAAGUUCACACACAGUCUUUCCCUUCUAAGCUCUGAGUGUCCCAUAUCACAUUAGCCAAAUUCUUGGUCUCAAUCUUCCGCAGAAAAUGUUCCUAAUUCCUUCCUGACACAAUCCAGCGCACUCUAAUUGUCUUCUGGUCAUGCGUCUAAUGCACAAAGCCAUUGUGAUUAACAGGCCCAUUUCAUGAUUAACACUGAACCUUUUGAUGGAAACAGCAAAUUGUGAAUAAUGAUCUAUACAAUUAAAUAGAAAUUGCAAAGAAAAAGUGCCCUUAAUGGAGUGUAAUGGCACGCGUAACACUGCAGAGUAGAGGGCCGCUGGAUUACCGACUCGUGUCUCAGCUCCAUGUAUUUAUACGGUCACAUAUUAAUGGUGAAAUCUAAUGGGUGCUGUACUUUGUAGCGUACAUAGUAAACACAAUGAUGGGAAUGUAGUUAGACUGUGAUUUCUUACACCAGCCUUAACAACAAACCCCACUGACUUAGGACGUGCCAUAACUAUUGAGAGGUAAUAGUUGUGGCACAUCCUUGGGCGUUCUAUACGCCAGAAAGGGAAAUCUAAUCACUAGGGGUACAUUUAUUAAGACUGGCGUUUUGACACUGGUCUUAAUAAACCCCCUGCGCUGGCGGUGCAUCCGACGGAGUUGUGAAGAGGAGCAGGACUCUUCAUAAUUUCGGCAGAUCCUCUGCCAGUUAUAAAUGUCUUGCAUUUCUGAGCUGCCUUACAUUUAGACCAUUUUCUACGCCUGAAACAGGUGUAGAAAAUGGUACAUGAGAUGGGUAUAUCGGCUC